GAUAAGGAGGGACUACACAAAUGGGAGAGAUUUGUGUCGUCCUGCUGUUACAAGAUUUGCUACCCAUUUUUUGAGCAUCCAAUGUUUAUUGAAAUUCAAGAAGGAGCUUAGGCAAAUGUUUACAAGUGAUGCAUGGGUUGGUUCUAGGUAUGCAAGAAGUAGUGUUGGGAAAGAAGUAUGUGAAAUUGUCUUGGAAGAUAGAGAAUUUUGGUCUAAUUGCAUAUUGAUUGUCAAAAUCAGUGAGCCUUUGGUGAGAGUGUUUCGACUUGUGGACAAUGAAGAGAAGCCGAGUAUGGGCUACUUGUAUGAGGCAAUAGAUAAGGCAAAGGAGACAAUUAAAAAGAAUUUUAAUAAUAGGUUGUCUCAAUACAUGCCUUACAUUAAGGUGAUUGAUGCUAGAUGGGAUAGGCAACUUUAUAGCCCAUUACAUUCAGCUGGAUGCUUUCUUAAUCCAGGUAUCUACUUUAGGCCUGGUUUCAACAAACAAACUGCUGUUACAAGAGGUUUGCUUAAUACCUUAACAACAUUGAUACCGGAUGAGGAGAAGCAAGAUCUCAUUAGUUCACAACUUGAGGAGUAUAAGAAAGCUACAGGAACCUUUGGCAUGAGUUUGGCUAUUCGUCAAAGGGAAAAGUUAAAUCCGGUUGCAUGGUGGGAUCAAUUUGGAACGGAUACACCAGAAUUGCAAAAGUUUGCAAUUCGAGUGCUUAGCCAAUGCACAAGUGCAAUUGGAUGUGAAAGGAAUUGGAGUGCUUUUGACUUUGUUCAUUCUAAGAAGAGGAAUAAGCUAGAGCAUGAAAGGUUGAAUGCCAUUGUGUUUGUUCGUUAUAACUUGAAGCUUCGAGAAAGAAUUAUUUGUAGAGGCAAAGAAGCAAUGGAUCCUCUUAGUCUUGAAAAUAUUGAUAUAUUAGCUGAUUGGGUAGCUGAGGAACCAGCUCUUCUUGACAAAGAUGAUUAUGAUGUGGAUUGGGCAACUAUUGAUGAGUCUUUGCCAAAUCAAAGUCUUGAUGAUACUGAUAAUGUUGUUUAUGAUGAGGAAGAUAUCCCACAGAUUCCUGAAAAUGAAAAUGAAAAUGAACAACUUUGGGUUGGGAUUGAUGGAGUUACAAGUUAUGGAAUUCCUCCAAAUGAGGAUCCUUAUAAUUAUGUUCAAGAUAGUUAGUAAUGUUUUGAAAUUCAUUGUGUUGUUUAUUUUUAAUUUUCCUUGGAUAGAAACAAGUGAAGAACCCUUGUGAUGAACCUUUGUGAUGAAUGCUUUUAGCUUUUUUAAAUUGAAUAUGAUUCUCUAUU